AUGUCUUUACAAGAAACAGAACAAACGCCUUUACUCCAUAACCAAAACCCAACCCACAUCCACCUUAACGGCAACAGCAACAACAGCAACGUCGGAAACUUUGGCUCAACCUCAACCUCCGUCGAGGCAGAGAUAGAAGCCACCCCAACCAAAAAAGACGCCCACGACUUGAUUUACGAGCGCUUCUCAGUACCCAGGAAGCGCGCUAUCCUCGCAAUGUUGUCUGCGGCUGGACUAAUGCCUCUAUUCGUCGGCGGAACGUUCAUCCCAUGUAUACCCCAAAUCGCCAAAGAUUUGGACGUCCCGCCUGGUACGAUCAGCUUGGCGGUGAGCAUCUCAGUCCUAGCCACAUCCCUCGGCGCGCUCUGGGGAUCCACAUAUUCAGGCUUCUACGGCCGCCGCCCAAUCUACCUCGCCUUCCUCCCACUCUCCGUCCUCGGGUCACUGGGCGUCUCGGUGGCGACUACCAUCCCCGAACUCAUGGUAUGGCGGUUCCUCCAAGCUUUUGGGGUCUCGCCUGCUCUCUCUGUCGGCGCUGGCGUUAUUGGUGAUAUUUAUAGACUGGAGGAGAGGGGUACAGCGAUGGGUGUCUUUUUCGCUGCGGUAUUGCUGGGACCCGCGUUGGCACCGUUAGCUGGCGGCACAGCAGCCCACUACUCCUCCUGGCGCACCAUGCAAGCGCUAGUAGGCAUCACCGUUCUCCUCGUCUACCUCACCAUGGUCUUCCUCUUCCCCGAAACGAGCCACCCAGGAACCCGGGGUAUCGACCACCUCAGAAAAGCGGAAGAAGAGACCGGGAGACGCCAAGUUCCACAGUGGCGACCUGUCCUUUUGAACCCGUUUAAGGGUAUGGCGCUUUUGAGGAGCCCGAAUUUGUUUUUGACGGCGACGGCUGCGUUCGUGGUUCUGGCAGUCGAUUAUGUCCUCCUCAUCCCGAUUGCCUACACCAUUGGCAAGAAAUAUAACAUCACAAACGAAGCGCUCAUCGGCGCUUGUUUCUUACCUAACGGUCUCGGUUCUAUGCUUGGUGCCCCAAUCGCUGGCCGGAUAUCCGACCACCUCGUCGUCAAAUGGCGGUCCAAACGGGGGAUGUGGUACCCCGAAGACCGGCUGCGCGCCGCCCUCCCCGGCGCCCUCUUCCUCGUCCCCCUCUCCGUCCUCUUUGCGGGCUUUUUGACUGCUGCCUUCCGAUCGACCCUCCUCGCCAUGGUCAUAGCCAUCAUCAUGCCCUCCAUCGAACGAAUCGGUGUAUUCUAUACCAACGCGAUUGCUGCGUGUGUGGGCUGGGUUGGGUUCGGGUGA